AGCUGCUCCAGCUGCUCCUCCGGUCGAGCUUCUGAGCUCUGAACCGUGGCUGCCCCGGGCGGUGGGCGAGCUGAGGUGAUCCCAGGACGACCCGCGGGGUGGGCCGACCGGGGAGCCGCCAGCCGCUAGCGGGGAGUGCGGGCCACCCAGGGACCGGCCACAGGAUCCUGCCAGAGAGGUGCCUCAGCUAGAUGAAUCCUUACCCACAUUCCUUCUGGGAGUGACAUCCGCCCUAUGGCCAGCUCACUGCUUCACGGGGAAAGCGUCAUCCUGGUAACAGGUAGCAUCCCAGCCCAAAACUUGUAUUGUGAAAUCCAAGACUUUGACCCAGAUAAUGUGAUAGAAUCUUCCUGUGACUUGGGGCCAUAUCCUACUUAGAUGAACUCGGGACUUCCAGCUCUACCAGGCACUUGGCACUACACGCAGGCUUCUUGCUUGCUUGGUAUAGGUUACCAUGCCAUCUCUGCCUCAAGAUGGGGUUAUUCAGGGAUCAUCUUCCCUGGAUCUGAGUACAGAAUUACCUUAUCAAUGCACAAUGAAAAGGAAAGUCAGGAAAAAGAAGAAGAAGGGAGUUAUUACAGCGAAUGUUGCUGGAACAAAGUUUGAAAUUGUUCGUUUAGUAAUAGAUGAGAUGGGAUUUAUGAAAACUCCUGACGAAGAUGAGACAAGCAAUCUUAUCUGGUGUGAUGCUGCUGUUCAGCAGGAGAAGAUUACAGACCUGCAGAACUACCAGAGAAUCAACCAUUUUCCAGGAAUGGGGGAGAUCUGUAGGAAGGAUUUCUUAGCAAGAAAUAUGACGAAAAUGAUCAAGUCUCGUCCCAUGGAUUACACGUUUGUUCCUCGAACAUGGAUUUUCCCUUCUGAAUACACUCAAUUCCAAAACUAUGUGAAAGAAUUGAAGAAAAAACGGAAGCAGAAAACCUUUAUAAUAAAACCAGCUAAUGGUGCAAUGGGUCAUGGGAUUUCAUUGAUAAGAAAUGGGGAUAAAAUUCCAUCUCAGGAUCAUUUGAUAGUUCAAGAAUACAUUGAGAAGCCUUUCCUAAUGGAAGGCUACAAGUUUGAUUUACGGAUUUAUAUUUUGGUUACAUCCUGUGAUCCAUUAAAGAUAUUUCUCUACCAUGAUGGGCUUGUGCGAAUGGGGACGGAAAAGUACAUCCCACCAAAUGAGUCCAACUUGACCCAGCUAUACAUGCAUCUGACCAACUACUCGGUGAACAAACACAAUGAACGAUUUGAACGCAAUGAAACGGAAGACAAAGGCAGCAAACGCUCAAUCAAGUGGUUUACAGAAUUCCUGCAGGCCAAUCAACAUGAUGUUACUAAGUUCUGGAGCGAUAUUUCAGAGUUGGUGGUAAAGACUCUGAUUGUAGCAGAGCCUCACGUCCUGCAUGCGUAUCGGAUGUGCAGACCUGGUCAGCCCCCGGGGAGCGAAAGCGUCUGCUUCGAAGUCCUGGGCUUCGACAUCUUGUUGGACAGAAAGCUCAAGCCGUGGCUCCUGGAGAUUAAUCGAGCCCCAAGCUUUGGAACGGAUCAGAAAAUAGACUAUGAUGUUAAAAGGGGGGUUCUUCUGAAUGCGCUGAAGCUGCUCAACAUCAGGACCAGCGAUAAAAGGAAAAACUUGGCCAAACAAAAAGCUGAGGCUCAGAGGAGGCUAUACGGUCAAAAUCCAGUAAGAAGGCUUUCGCCAGGCUCCUCUGACUGGGAACAGCAAAGGCACCAGCUGGAGAGGCGGAAAGAAGAGUUGAAAGAGAGACUCCUUCAGGUACGAAAGCAGAUUUCGCAGGAAGAGCAUGAAAACCGACAUAUGGGGAAUUACAGGAGAAUUUAUCCUCCGGAAGAUAAAGCACUGCUUGAGAAGUAUGAAGGCUUGCUGGCUGUCGCCUUCCAGACCUUCCUUUCGGGAAGAGCAGCUUCAUUCCAGCGAGAACUGAACAAUCCAUUGAAAAAGAUGCGGGAGGAAGAUCUUCUGGAUCUUCUGGAACAGUGUGAAAUCGACGAUGAAAAGCUGAUGGGGAAAACUGCCCGGGUCCGAGGACCGAAGCCCCUGUGUUGCAUGCCGGAAUGUGCAGAGGUCAUGAAGAAGCAGAAGUAUUAUGGUAGCAGCGACAGCAGCUAUGACAGCAGCAGCAGCAGCAGCAAUUCAGAACUGGACGAGAAUGAAAAAGAGCUGUGUCAGAAGAGACUAGACCAAGUCCCAUAUAGCCUUAAGCACACCAGUCACUGCAAGCUAAUCCAACAAUCCAAUUCCAUGAGGCGUUCGCUCAGCUGCCCUCGGUCCAUCUCUGCUCACUUGCCCUCCAGAGGGGAUGUGCGCCCCUUUUCUUCUCAACAAGUGAUACCAUUAGCGCGACCAACGUCAGCGUCUCGGUCACAUUCCUUAAACCGUGCUUCCUCCUACACAAGACACCUGCCUCACGGCAACGACACCAACUCUUCCAACGCUCUGGUGAAUGAGUCUUUGCGGCAACUGAAAACUAAAGAGCAGGAAGACGACCUCACCAGUCAGACCUUGUUUGUCCUCAAGGACAUGAGGAUCCGCUUUCCGGGGAAGUCAGAUGCAGAGUCAGAGCUCCUGAUAGAAGAUAUCAUGGAUAACUGGAAGCAUUAUAAAACAAAAGUGGCUUCCUAUUGGCUCAUAAAGUUGGACUCUGUAAAACAGCGGAAAGUUUUGGACAUAGUAAAAUCGAGUAUUCGUACAGUUCUUCCAAGAAUCUGGAGGGUCCCUGACGCUGAGGAACUGAGUUUAUACCGGAUUUUCAACAGGGUAUUUAAUCGCCUACUCUGGAGUCAUGGCCAAGGACUGUGGAGCUGUUUCUGUGAUUCAGGAUCCUCUUGGGAGAGCAUCUUCAGUAAGAGCCCAGAGGUGGUGACUCCUCUGCAACUCCAGUGCUGCCAGCGCCUGGUGGAGCUUUGUAAGCAGUGCCUGCUAGUGGUUUACAAAUACACAACGGAAACAAGGGGACCCAUCUCAGGCAUCGGUCCUGACUGGGGGAACUCCAGGUAUUUGCUACCAGGAAGUGCCCAAUUCCUCAUGAGGUCACCACUGUACAACAUGAAAUAUAAUUCACCCGGAAUGACUCGCUCCAAUGUUUUGUUUACGUCCCGAUACGGCCGUUUGUGAAACUGAAUGGAAGAUUGCCAUGGGCUGUGCAUAAUAGCAAUUCAUUUAUUUCCUCCAGUUGACCCUUAAGGAGGCGACCCUUAUAUGCUGUUUUAUGUAUAUAUGUCAUAUAAGUGUGUGCAAUACAUACACACAUGCACUCAAGUAACAUAUAAAUAUAUAUAUUUAUUAUAUGUAAGAAGAAUUAGCAGAAAACUGAAUAUAAGAUUUAACCUUUCUGGAAAUGUAAUAAACCAUGUUAAAGUUGUUUACACAAAUACGUAAAUGUGUAGAAUUCGCUAGGUUUAUAAUUAAUUACUUCCUACUAGAAAUGUUAUUUUUGCUGUAGAAUCGAUCCUGAAGACCCAUCAUGGCAUUAUGAAUUAUUUUCUAGAUAAUAGGGCUUUCAACUUGAGGAAACACUGAUAGUAUCUUAUUACUUCUCUCACUAUUAGUAGUUAUUUGGCAGUGAAACAUAAGACUUCCUCACCUGGGGUUGGCUUGGCUAUAGGAUUAGGAUCAAACGGGUUUGUUGUUACUGUAGCACACUGUAAAGUACUAGAAAACAUCCCAGCCUGACUCUCCAGCAUUUUACUCCUCUAGAUGGGAAUUUAGCUGCUUGUUCUAAGUAUACAUUUUCAAUAGAGAUCUGGUAAGAUCAUAAAUCAUGCAAAAACGGGAGGCAAUCCAGUGGGUUAAGAGUAAAACGUAAACAUGCUUUAAUUUGUCCUUUCCUGGGGAGUCCUAUAGAGAAGCAAACCGACGGUGGUGACAGAGACAUUGCUGUGUGAUGUCUGUCAUUUUUCUUUGGAAAGUAUAUUGUUGAUGGGCUUAAGUCUCUCAGUGUUGAGACCAGUUUACCUUGCAAAGUCCAGUAAGAGUAGUUUCUCAUUUCACCUCAGAAGAGAAUCCAAAGACUCUGAAGAGAAGGCUCCAGUAGCCCAGGCCACUCGCCGUUCAUCGGUGCAAUCUGGAGGGAGUCUUGAUUCAUAGUUGGGUGUGAAGUUGUCUUCCAGAGGCUUCCUGCUUGUGAUUCAUAGCAGCUUGUUCCCGUCCUCCCUGCCUUCCCUGCUGUCUGAAAACCCGUGUGUGCUCGCGGUUUUCUACGCCAGUAGAGACUUCCCUCCAAUGGCUCUACUCACACAUGUUAAGUUUGUGCAAAACUCAGAAUACUUCCCACACUCUCUUAAUUUUACAUCUGUUCCCAGUGAAUGAAGAAAGGACUCAACGCACCUAGAGGUCAUUCGGCCUGGUCUCAUUCACAGCUGAAUAGGUGGUGACCCAAGGUUGUGAGAUUUGAGUAUUUUGCUUCAAAAGCUACCUUUGGAGAGUAUACUUUUUACUGUAAUAUUCAUUUUUAUACACAUUAUACACAUUUAUGGCUACCUACCCACAUGCAUUCCAGCAGAGACUUUUCUUACUGGAAACAUCCCACAGAAUUUUUUUUUUUUUUUUAUGUUUUUGAAAGAGAAUAAAGCCUCCAGAUAAAGGAGAUGGACGUGGUACUUAGGAGUCCAUAUUGUGGAUUCUUCAACAUGACAUAGAGUUCUUAGAAUAAAUGAUGCAAAUACCAGAGCACUCUAGAAUCUUUAUGGGAAUAAUAAACAAAUCAGCCCCUUUUGGGGAGUUAUUUGUAGCCAUAUUUGUUUUCAAUUCACGAUUUAAAAAUCAUGGAGGAAUAAAAGAAAGAAAACCAUAAAAGUCAUGGAUAUGUCAUUUAAAGUGAUUGUUAAGUGAUACCAACGGAGUUUGUUGGCCAUUCACUUUGUUUCUCUUAAAUCACAAAUGGUCAUUUAAUCGGAUAGAAUAUAUACGCCAAAACUUCUAUCAAGUACUAGGAAGGAAUUUUUAUUAAAAAGGGGGAGAGAUAUCCACAUUAGGAAUUCUUACCUUAGAAAUGCACAUUAAAAGCUAAGAGUAAAUGUAAAUACGCAAAACUGCCAAGAAUCUGUGAAAGAACAUUAUUUCCUUAUCUAUCCAAGCAAGGCCUUAUUUUGAGCACUAGAAUUUCAUUGCCUACCUUUUUCUGUUGGGACAAGUUGGAUAGGAUGAAGUGGUGCAGAAAGCCAUAUGCUCAUUAGUUAUGUGCAUUACCUGGUGUGCUGUGGACUAUGGUUGUCAUAGCGUUAUCCCCUAAUGAGUAGCCACAAGACAACAUGAUAAUGAACCGUGGAAGUCUCAGGAGGCCAUAGACAGGUAUUAGGGGAAUAAAAUAUUCCUUAGUUAUCAAUUUCUUUUGUUAUCAAUUUCUUAUGCACAUGCUUAAAACACAUCUGCAGUAGAGACUGUAAAUAUCUCUCUUUAAUAGAAGAGAAAGAAAACUCCAGAAGAAGUUAAUAUCACUGGAGUUUUUUUUCUUAGAAUGGAAUUUGGUUUACCUACAAGGAAGGGGGAUAACUGUAGACCUGCAGUAUAGACCGCUGUUUGGUUGAUCACUAGGUUGGAAUGCUCCCCCAGACUAAGAUAUGGAUACGUUUUCCAUGUUGUCUAAGUAGUAGCUUGCUUGUUUUUUAUCCUCACCUGCAAACAGAAUCUAAAGGUACAGUUUAGUUUUCACUUGAGUAAGCCAGCCUUGAAAGUUUGAAUCUGUUAAAAGACCCUGUUGCAAUAUGAACAUUAAGUUGUAUAUGGAGCACAGGGCGAAGCAACUCUGCUGUCUGUAAGAUGCAAGGGUUUGCCUAAAUCAGAUUGAAGUUUUUGUUACUUGUCUCUAAAGUUCAAACCAAACCCAAACCAAAGCCCUGCCUUUCACCUAAUAUUCAUGCAUACAUAGAGAAUAAGUGCCUCCUAGACAUCAAGAAAAUGAUUUCAUUCAAAUUAUCUCGUUAGCGUGGAAAGUAGAUCAGAAUGUGAUUAUGCUGAUUUGAAAUUUUAGAUAUUUGAAUAGGAAUUCAAUGCUUUCUUCCUUAACAUGUCAAUGUUAUUGCGUGUGAAUAUUAUCUUCAUACUUAAAUAUAUGCAAUACGCACUAUUCAAAAAUACCAAAAAGAUAGAUGCAUACAUGCCAUUACAUAAUCUUCUAUAAAGAACUAACUUACUCAUUCUUAAAUAUAUAUUCUUUUAAAAAAAUAGUAAAUACCUCAAAAGUACAGAAAAUUUCUCUAUUUAGCAACUGCUAGUUUACAUUCCGAAUCCCAUGUACACGGUUCUAAGCAUUAAACAACAAUAAAAAACAUAACUAUAUAGUUAACGUUCUUGUGACCUGGUGAUUUUUGGACAUUUGCUUUUCUCUAUAAAUUGAGAGCUUUAAGUGUAAGGGGCCAUGCUAUCUACAUAUUAAUUACUAGACAUUUAAUUGUUUUGAACUAAUGUUGGCUUGUAAGUAAAUGAAAACCGUAGAAGUAUAUUUGUAAAGCAAACGAUUCCUCGCACUGCUUUCUUUCUCUCCUGUUCUCCUUCUUUAAAUUCACUUCAAAGCAUGGACAAAGUAAAGACAGAAAUACUGCUUUUUAAACACUGGUCUUCCUUGAAUUAUUUUUAUAGUGGUGUGUUUUUACCCAAGCAGCAAUGACACGUCGAGGAGAUAUUGGGUCAGUUCGGUUUGUCGAGAACUUUAGGAGAAAGGUUGAAGUCUGCAUGCCUAAAACACACACGGUGUCUACCCAGGUGACGUGAGAUGCACUUUAACGAGAUGCACUUUUAAGAAAUUGAUGUGUUGAAAUGGCACCUGUUGAGAUUGCUUCUAUUUCUGGGGAUCUGCCAUGAGGUGUGGUAUAUGGUGUAUUGGAAGGAAUUUACUCAGGUAAUCCACUGUGAUACUAAGAGGGGGUGUGUCAUCUAGGAAGAUCUGUAUAAGACUUCUGCUUUGUCACCACUUAUGAACUCAAAAGCUCUUGCUUUGACAAACACAUCACACAACAGACUAAGCACUCCAAAAUUAGUCAGAAGGCUUGACUUUGAAAAGUGGUCAGAUAAUUAAAUUGUAUUUCCUUCAGAAGCUACCAGCCAUUUUUGGUCCAUAAGUUCAUAUAAGAACUACUCUACAUGCUCUAGUGUCUGAAUUUUAAUGGAGUCUGAAUUUGAGGGUGAGAGGACACAUUUGCUAACGCGAAUCUUGGGUCAAAUUAUCCCUGUGUGCUUUGCCCCCUGUACAUGAAUGCAAAUGUUACAAAGAUCCGCUUGAAAUGUCAACAAAGUGUGCGGUUGGCAUUGCCGUGGCAUGCGCUACCAUGUGACAUCUGUAUGGUGAACCGACUUCAACUACUGUAAUAAAAACAUCCG